AUGAAGUCCCUGUUGGCAGUGGGCUUGAUCGCCACUGCUUUUGCUCUCACUUCUUCUGCUCGGCGUUUUGACAGUGCAAAGGUGUUUCGUGUGAAGCCUCAGAAUGAAAAACAAGUGAGCUUCAUGAAAUACUUGGCAAGCAAAAUACCGAUUGACUUUUGGCAUCCAGACUCGGCAUUGCAUAUAGUCAGCCAGAUGGAAGUGGAUUUCCUUGUCGGCGCUGAUCAGUCCAAUAUUGCCAAGACUCUCAUGGAGCAGAAUGGCCUACAUUAUGAAAUUUUAUUUCAAAACCUGCAAGAAGACAUUGAAAAGCAGCUUGACAAUGAAAGGAAUUCUACCAACAGAUACAGUUAUACAAAAUAUAAUGAAUGGCACAAGAUUUCUUCAUGGACUGCCAGAAUUGUGAAAAAGAAUCCAAAGUUGGUUUCCCGCAUCCAUAUUGGAAACACCUUUGAAAAUCGUCCCAUGUACCUCCUUCAGGUUGGGAAACAAGGUGGUAGGGAAAAGGCCAUCUUCAUGGACUGUGGAAUUCAUGCACGAGAGUGGAUUUCCCCUGCAUUUUGCCAGUGGUUUCUGAAAGAGGCCACCAGGAAGUAUGGAAAGGAUAAGGAUAUGACAAAUAUAUUGAAUAAUAUGAACUUCUACAUCCUUCCUUUGUUCAACAUUGAUGGCUAUGUCUGGAGUUGGACUCAGGAUCGCUUUUGGAGAAAGAGUCGCUCGAAUACAUCCAGUAGUGACUGUGUUGGUGUUGACCUCAACAGAAACUUUGAUGUUGCAUGGGACACUGUGGACGCGUCCCAAAAUCCAUGUACUGAAAUAUAUUGUGGAACUUCAGCAGAGUCUGAACCAGAAACGAAAGCAGUUGCAACAUUCAUCCGCAGCCAUCUUUCUUCAAUCAAAGCCUAUCUGUCAAUCCAUUCCUACUCUCAGAUGAUAUUGUUCCCUUACGGCUAUACCUAUGACAAAGCACCCAACCAUGAUGAACUGACUGAAAUUGCAAAGGGAGCUGCCAAAGCAAUAGCCAGCCUUUAUGGUAAAAAAUAUAAGUAUGGAGCAUCAGCAGCAACAAUCUAUCCUUCCUCUGGUUGUUCUGAUGACUGGACUUACAGUCAGGGUAUCAAGUAUUCCUUCACCUUUGAGCUUCGUGAUAAGGGCAAAUAUGGGUUUCUCCUUCCUGAAUCCGAGAUCAAGUCAACUUGCCAGGAGGUUAUGCUGGCAGUCAAGUACAUUGCCAAUUAUAUCCUCAGCCAGACAUUAUAAUUUGUACUACUGCCUUCUGAUGUAUGGAAGAGGUUUGGAAAGUAAUAGAUCACCAUGUUUAUAGU